UAGCGAGUCAAGAAAUCCAGACAGUUUGUCUCUAUUCAUUCCAUAUUUUAAAUUAUAUAUUUUAUACUAAUUUAUUCAUAAUUUAUAUAUGAGAUGGAGUUAUAUAUUUCUAUGUUACCAUUUUUAACUAUUUUGUUACUGCCACACCCUUCACAAGGGAUCGAAAACUCUCCGUCCGCUGGAAAGGUGUGCAUGACAGUUGAACAUCUAAGACCUGCGGAUAACUCGACACAAUUUUACGAGUGUGCGCCACUCAAUGAGGAUGAAGUAAAAGGAUACGCGCUGAGCAAGAAAUACCUGGGUGUCUGGAACCUACGAGACUGUCCCAAGGAACACGAGUUUGACGAGCCGAAACAACGAUGUAUCGAGAAGAAGACAUUCAGAAGGCAACAAGUCGCUUGCGCACAAAAUGUUCAGGCAUCCGGAUGUGUCUCUGCUUGUCAAGCCCCAACCGCAGUUGCUAACCAGGGUAUGGAAUGUAAUUGGCGUUCGUCCCCACUUCAACAAGAUCCUGCAAGCAACGCAUACUUCUUCCAGUGCGUCCCAUCCUCGCCUACUGAAGGAUGUGGAGAAUGGACACGUAUGCAAUGCUCCCAAUCGACAGUUUUUAAUUCUGAUUUGAAUGUUUGUGUACCACUUGCCAUCCAGAACUCAUGUGAUAGUUCCACCCAACAGCCUGUUUGUAGCUGUUCUCAAGUUUCCAGCUCUUGCCCAGGAACUUCCCAAUGUCAAAACAAAGUUUGUUGCCAACAAACGGAUACUCUAAACUUGAACAAUUUGAUUCAACAUCAAGCUCCCCUCUGCCCCGGUUCAAAUGUGCCACCACUUGGUUCAUGCAACGAGCAGUGUCCGCAGUACUCUGCUUGUACCCCAGGAUUGGGAUGCUGCCCAGUUCCAGUGAAUGAGCAACCAACAGGAAUGAUUAAAAUUACUCUCUGCCCUGGCUCUUACUCCCCACCGUUUGGAGUUUGUGGAUCUUGCCCAUCUGGAACACAAUGCAACCAACAACUUCAAAUGUGUUGUCCUCUACAACAACAACCAUCCACAGAUAUUGUCUACAAUGUUGUACUUCUUUGUCCUGACGGAACACCAUCGACAACUUCUUGCUCCAAAGGAUGUGGGCCAAACAAUGCUUGUUUCCAGGGAGCUUGUUGCCCGAUUCGUUGCCCAGUUGGACAGAACGCUGUGGGAUUCUGCUCUUCUGGAUCUUGCGGAGUUGGAAGUUGUUACUCCAAAACAACAUGUUGUCAAGAGCCAAUUAAACUCCCGGUGUGCUCGAACGGCAUGAUUUCUCAAAAACGUUGCCUGGUCGCAGCCGAAUGUGGCCUGAACCUUGAGUGUUCAAACGGUGGGUGCUGUCCAAUACCGUUCUGUCCAAAUGGAGUAACAGCCCGUGGCCGAUGUUCUCAAGUGAACGGAUGUCCAAUGGGGCAAGCUUGUAUGGAAGGUCUUUGCUGUCCACUGCCAAAAUGCUCCAAUGGUAUAACAUCUCUCGGAAUUUGCACAAGAACCUUGGAUUGUGGUCGAAUCGGUGUUGACUGUAACAACGGAGCAUGCUGCCCACUACCAACUUGCCCGAACAAUAUUGCAUCGUCACAAAGAUGUUCGGGUGGAUGUACGAACUGUUGUCCAGUAGGACAGACAUGUAUGAACGGUGGUUGCUGCGAUCUUCCGUCGUGUCCAUCUGGUGGAUUUGCAAUUUCAAUGUGCACUGGGAAAUGUGGAACUGGCUUUGAAUGUGUGAACAGCGGUUGUUGUUCUCUUCCAAGAUGCCCAAGUGGUCUAAUGUCGGUUCAGAGGUGUGCAAUGGGAAUCGGGUGCCCACCAGGAAAUCAAUGCGAAAAUGGUGUUUGCUGUCCAAUGCCAAUGUGCUCCAGCGGAAGUAUUGCGUCGUCUGUUUGCGGAAUGGCUAACUCUUGUCCGAUAGGUUACAUUUGCGAAGGCCGCGGAUGCUGCUUGGAGCCACUUCCUUUGUGUCCAAAUGGAGGAAGAGCUUCAAUGAGAUGCUAUCGGGGAGCAGAAUGCCCACCAGGUUAUGGAUGCACUCCACUAGGAGGUUGUUGUCUUCUCUCAAUGGAACCAGUGUGUCCAACCAGAUCCAACGCAGUUUGCCAAUGCUCACCCAACAAUGUUUGUCCGUCAGGCGCGAGCUGUACUAUGGGCACGUGUUGUUCGAGCGGAAUAAGCCCUAUUGUCUCGUUCAGUGUUCCUGGCACAAGUUGCCAGAAUUCGAACCAGUGUAAUGGAUUCCAAAGCACGUGCGCACAAUGUGUUCAAGAAGUUUGUUCAUGUGUCAAUGGGGCAGCGUCGAAUGGAGCAACGUGUGAACAAAUGGCACCGACAGUUUUGACGUUGGCAAGAAACGGAUGUGAUCAAUAUGGUUCUCCAUGCAAAUUCCUUUUGUCGACAGCACGACGACGCCCACUUUUUGCACCGAUUGGCAAUAUGACUGAAACUCCACUGUUCUUCAACGUGGCAUCCAAAAGAAAAUGUGUCGCCAACAUUCAAAAUUUUGAUGCCGACUCAACAUGUCUUCCAAACGAAAAAUGUAUUGACGGAGAAUGCAGGAUGAAACUGUGGCCUGGAGAAUACGGUUGCCAAACCGACAUUGAAUGCCAGUCUAGAUGCCCGAACACCUACUGCGAAAAGAAGAAGAGUGAUAAAAAUGUUCCACAAUGCCAAUGCACGAAUGGAAUGCUUCUCUAUGGAAGAUGCUUCUCCCAGUGUCCACGAGGAUUCCACGAGUCUGGAGCAUUCUGUAUGCACGACGAUGAAGACAAAUUUUGGAUGGAUGCUGAAUCCCAAGAUAAUCUGAAAGCUCUUUUAAAUGCUGGCAAAUGUUGAUCUCAUGAAACGCCAAAAGCUCCGCUAUAAAUGUAUAUAUGGACUUAUAUGAAAAUGUAUUGAUGUUUAAUUAAUAUUAACAUGAAAUAAAAAUAUUUAUCCGC